ACUCACUCCCUCACACACACACACACACACACACACACGCGCGCUCUCUCGCUCGCCUCUCAGCCCGGGACUCUCAGUGCGAGCACUGCCAACAGAUAGCUCAGCAGUUCACUAAGAGAGACUGGAAACGGAGAGAGACAGUGUGUGUGAUAACAAGAGAAGGACUGAGAGAAAAAAAGAGAGUGAAAGAGAGGGAGAGAGGGAGAGAGAGAGAGACCACAGGCUGCUCACACAUGCUGCACUCCUGAGCACGCACUUACACACACACACACACACACAAACACACACGCGCGCACACGCACGCAGGCAGGCACCAGCAUCCUUUUUGACUGAGUGUGCACACACUCUGUGAGCCCAGAGACUGGUCAAGCUCCCAGCGGAGGCACACACACACACACACCCGUACGGUCAGCAUGCUGCUGUGGAGACUCCUUCGGGCGGUGUGUCUGGGCUGCCUACCACUGGCCUGGGCACAGGGCUACGACGACGACAUGGAUAUCAUGCCCAGCUACGUCGAUGCCUACUACAACGAGAUCUCUGAGGGCGAUGUGCAAGAUGAGACGCCCUCCACAGUGCCCCCUACUGGCCCGCCGUCCGAGUGCAAGUCCACCGAGCUGACCAAGUGGGACAAGCUCUUCACCAUGCUGGAGAACUCGCAGAUGAAGGAGAACAUGCUGCUGCAGUACUCGGACGACAUCAUGAAGGUGGAGCUGCAGUCGCUGCGCGGCGAGAUGCUCCAGUUCGUGGCGCGCUACGGCAGCGCGUGCGCCGGCGCCAUCGAGAGCACGGGCCGCAGGGCCACCGCGCUGCUGGAGCAGCGGCUGCAGCAGGCCCUGGAGCAGAUGCGCGAGGCGGCCGGCCGGGAGCGGGCGCAGCACGAGGCCGCCCUGCAGCAGCUGCUGGGAGCCAACCGCGGCCAGGCGGCGCGGCUCGCCAAGCUGGAGAGCGCCUGCCUCAGCGGGAGGGCCGGCGGAGCGGCCAGCGGAGCGGCCGGCGAAGGAAGCAACGACGCCAAGGGCUUCCAGUCCAGGCACCUGAUGCAGGCCACAGCGGCGAGUGUGAGCGCUGAGGCGAGGCUGGAGCGGUCACUGGAGAGGCUGACCGGGGAGGUGCACGCCCUACGGGAGCAGAUGGAGCGCCAACUACUGGCCACAACGCAGAACAGCAUGCCAGCAGGCUGCGACAGUGCUGUGUUCAUCCCCAUGCAGUCGGCUGAGACGUACGCCCAGCUGGAGCAGCGGAACGUGCGGAUGAGCGCACUGACCGUGUGUCUGUGGGCGCGGCCGACUCAGGCGCUCAACAAGACGGUGCUCUUCUCCUACGGCGGCGCCUGGAACCCCAUCGACGUGCAGCUGGUGCUGAGCGGCCGCGGCGGUGCCCUCUUCACCGUGGGCGGCGAGGCGCACCUGGUGGAGGCGUCCGGCGUGGCGGAGGAGCGGCGCUGGACGCACCUGUGCGGUACGUGGAGCUCCGAGCAGGGCCUGGCCUCGCUGUGGGUGGACGGCCUGCAGGUGGCCAGCGCGCCCGGCGUCGCCGAGGGCAACGUCAUCCCGGGCAGCGGCGUCCUGCAGCUGGGCCAGGAGGGAGCGCGCCAGCGACGGGGCACCAUGCCCCUCGACGGCAAGGCGGUGGCGGCGGCGGCGGCCUUCACGGGGAAGAUCACCGGCGUGAACGUCUGGGACCGCACGCUCAGCCAGGCGGAGAUCUCCCAGCAGGCCAAGCGCAACGGGAGCACCUGCGGGAGCCUGGGGAACGUAGUGGCGUGGGGCGUCACUAAGAUCGUCCUGCGGGGGGACGCCAAACUCAUCUACUAAAAUAAGCGCAAAAACACAGCACUGCCCCACUCCAGACCCCCCGACUCCUCUCACCGAGCAGCAACAACCCCAAUAAAAACAAUACCACUUGUCCUCCACAAGACCAAAUGUUUCCCAUUUAGGCAAUCUAUGGAGCAUUCAUACAGCCUUAGGAGAUGAAACACCGAUCAAACAACAUUUACCAAAGACUGCACAGAGAGCGAUGGAGGACAAGGAUAUGAUAGAACAAAGAGUCGUUUGUGUACAGGCUUCUCUUUUCUUUUUUUUUCGGAUGGUUUUGCUGAGAACCAGUUUACAUGCUGCCAUUGGAGGGACUUUUACUGUCUGUUACAGUGUAAUUUUAUUUCUAUCAUCUUCCAUAACAUCUUUAAAAACAAAAACUGUGUACUUUGAACUUUGUAUUUAUCAAAGCGUUGACCUGAAUAUAGAUUCCAUUUAAUCUUUGUUGUAUUUUCUUUAGUUUAAUAGGUUGUUUUUUUAUUUUUGUACAUUUGAGUUGUUGAAUCAUGUUGUUUUGAAAGUUCUAUAUAAAAUAUUUGGCCAUGGACAACUCUGCAUAAUAUUCCCUAUUUGACUUUUCUUCUUCUCAAAAACAGAAACACUGUUCACUUUUUGAUAAUAUACCAUGGAGAAUGUUUACAGUCUUACAUUUUUAAAUAACAACUGUACUAUAUUGUAAAUUGUUUUUUUGUUAUGAAUGAAACUGAAUGUAUACUGUACAUAAAUGUUUUGUUUAUCUGUGAUGGGUGAGCCUAAGGGGGAUUUAAUAAAGUUAAAGUGUCUUUACAUUA